AUGUUCGUUCAGGGUACAUCAUUUCCUACCUCAACACUUACGACAUUUUGAUGCAAUAUUUUUCCAGGAGCACUGGUUUUACUUUCAAGCCAAUAUUAACUUAACAAUUCUGUGUCUUAUAGCACUUGCCAUGAAACUCAUGACCACAAGCAUUUCGCAACUUGCAAAAAAAUUAAGAAGUGCAAAUGUAACAAAACCGACUAAAGUUCCAUCAUCACGGCUCACUAACUACUUAUUUCAUUACUCUACAAAAUCUAAAGUUCUUAAAUAUACGAUUUGCUAUUAAAUAUGGAGAAUGGUAACAAAGGAAUGAAAGGUAACAAAGGUAACAAAGGAUAUGAACUAGCCCCCUGCGUGGUCAAGUUCUCUAUAAAUGUUGACCAAUUUUCCAAAAGAUUAAGCACCUCGGUUCAAAAUGCUGUGACAUCUUUCUGCCACGUUUCCAAAUUGGAGAAGGAAUUUUCAUUUUUUAUCCCACCAAUCUUUCAAUGCAUCAACCAAGAUGCUAUUUCACAAGAUUCACAGCAAGUAGCUUCCCUCAAGUCAGAGUUGGAAGAUUGGGUGUCUGACUUUUAUGGGUCAUUUAUUAAACCUGCAUAUGGAGAACGGGUUGUCAACCACGCUGUUUCUUACGUCCUCCGAUUAUGUCCCAGUUAUCCAAUUCAUUCAGAAAAAUUUCGCGUACUUUCGCACUGUUUCAUCAUCUCGACAAUAUUGGACGAUUGGCUUGACGAUACCAAGUCAAAGUCUGGGUGGACUGACGAUGAUGACAAGAACGAGCUUGAUUUAAAGAAGAUUAAAUAUUUCGAUAUGGUCAGAGAAGCAGUAGUUGAAGCAUUCAAAUAUGAAGAUUCUGACGGGAUUGAUUUGCACGAUUUGGAAACGCAUGCCAUCAACAUGGAAAUGAUAAAGGAUCAACCAUUCCUCUUCGUGAUUGCAGAUUCGGCCAAAGAAAUUUUUAAGUUUGCUAAAACUGCAAAUCCUAAUUUGUCAAAUGGAAAGUUUCUAAAAUUGUUGAAAAUUGAAUUUGUUCGUUGUUUCGAAUCCCUGGGGUGGACUUUUGUCAAAUCGAGAGAAGGAGGAUUAGACGACUAUUGCGUGGACACAUUUAGAUAUUUUAGGACGUUGGAAGCUGGACUGCCCAUUUACAUGAACGUUAUCAAGAUGCUAGAAAAUAUCGAGCUACCUCAAUUUGUCCGAAUCCACCCAGUCUUCACCAAAUGGCAUGAAAUUGCAGACAAGUUCGUGGGAAUCUUAAACGAUUUGCUCGGACUGCAGAAACAACUCUUGUACGGAGAGGAGGAUGGCACAGUUUUCUUCAAAGUGAGGAAAGGGCUAUCCUUAAAUGAUGCGAUUGAUGACGAAAUUAAAGUUCUCGAGGAAUUGGUGAAAGAUUACAUAAAAUUGCGGAAAUUUGUACUGACCAAAUUCCCUGAUUGUAAAGAACUUCCGUUGUACGUCGAAUUUGUUGAGGGGUGGUUGUUCGGGUCACUGUACACUUUCAAGGACUCCAAGCAGUAUGGGAUGCAGGAUCAGAUUCGUGUCGAAAAUUGUGAAAUUACUCGAACGACAAUGUAA